ACCCACUUGUUUUUUUACACCACAAAACAAUUUUUUUUCAAUUAUUUGUUUUUUUGAUAAUAUAAACGAGUAUCUAGGAAUCAGAAUAAUUUUCAAUUAACAGUAGUAGCCAACGUUAAUUAUGGGUAGUGGGUUCAAAAACGGCGCAAUUAAAUUAGAGUCAACCAAUGGUGUUUAUUAUUCAGGGCAAGUGAUUUUUGGAAGUGUUGUUUUUGAUUUGAAUGCACCGCUGACGUUCGCUGCUCUAAACAUAGAGUUCCAUGGUGCUGCCAAUGUACUUUGGACAGAGUCACAGACUGAGGAGUACAAUGGCAUAAAAACAAGAGGAAUGGUGAAAUACAUGGGCCAUGAGGAGUACUUCAGGGUCACACAGUGCCUCGCUGGUGGGACGGGUAUAUCCCAACUGCCGGAAGGUCCUCAAGAGUUCCAGUUCUCAUACCAGAUCCCGCACACAGCGCCGUCGUCGUUCGAAGGCGAGACCGGUUCGGUGACUUACCGCAUGACCGUGCACAUGCAUUAUCCGGACCCGUCCAAGCCGAAGGAGGAUAUAAUUGUGCCGUUCCAAGUUGUUGCGCCGUUAGAUUUGAACCUUGGAAGCCUGGCUCUAAAGCAACCCAUAGAGAUGGAGUUCGAGGAGGUGUACGGCUGUGACUGUAUCUGCAGCCCCAGCCCGGUGAGCGUCCGCGUACGGCUGCCGGUCUCCGGCUACUGCCCCGGUCAGACCAUACCCAUCUCCAUCGAGGUGCAGAACGACAGCUCGGUCGAGGUGCGAAGGUUGAUAUUCCAGUUGACUUCGAAAGAAUGUUACCGCAGCAACGAGCCCAUCGCGGAGCACAUGCCGCCCGAGCGAGUGCUGGUGACGGUGAAGAAGGGUCCGGUGCUCGGCAACUCCAAGCGCAACUUCACCUGCGAGAUGGUCGUGCCCGACAUGAUCGUGCCGAACUUGGACAACUGCGGCAUUAUUGACCUGGGGUACUUCUUUAAGACAACAAUCAAACUAUCAGGAUGCAAAGACGACCUACAAGACGAGUCGGAGAUAUGCCUCGGUCUCGUUCCUCUGAAAAGCUUUACAGAGGGCGAGUACGUCCACCCGAUGGUCCACAGCUUGCCCAAGGAACCCAUCCCCAACCCGCAAAGCGAACACGUCAGCCCCGGCUUUGUAGAACCUAGCAACACGCCUUACAGUACAAAAACACAGUUCGACCCGUUCCAAAACAGUCCGACGCCAAACAAAAGACCUCCUGGUUACGUAGGGAGUACGGAACAUAUUUCCCUAAAUGUGGCGCCUACGCAUGAGAUAGGUUUUGUGGUGCCCGAUGGUUCGGGGCAACAGCCUUACCCAAAUCCGGUUAAUCCGUACCCGCCAUACCCGGGUAACAUGCCAGCGCAGUAUCCGUAUCCUGGUAAUCCCGGGGUGCCGCUGGGAGUUGGAGCGGCGCCCUCUGCCCCUCCAGCUUAUUCUUAAAUUGUUUAUAUAAUCGUGUGGUAAAUGUGAAAAAAGAUAUUAUUAUGUCUAUGUGUAAGGGCGCGUUUCCAUUGAACCGUAACAAAGGUUGUUUUGAAAUAGUCUGGUCAUCUCAUAUCAGCUCCGUCUCGUUACGCUGUAAUGGAAACGCACCCUUAAGUAAGUAUCCGCAACUAACGACACCUUUAAUAACUAUGAUGUAUGCGUGUGAUAAAGUUUAGUUAUUAUAUAUGGAGAUGAUAAUGAAUUAUCAUUAUAUUUUUGGAAUCUCAGUUUGCUGCCGGACAGAUUUUGAUAAACAAUUUAUAUAUACUCAUACAGUAUCUGGUUUUGAGAAGUGUGAUUUUAUAUUUAUGUUUUUAUAAUUCAUGUUAUAUAUAUACUUUAUAUAUUAUGUUGGAAACAAAGGUAUAUAUGGUGCGUUUUCAUCAUUUCUUCUUACCAUGCACAUGUAAAUUUUGGAAUGAAUUCCCUGCAUCGGUGUUCCCUGAGUGCUAUGACUUGUCCUUCUUAAAAAGAGUGCUCACCUCCCGAUAGGCAUAGGCUUGUUCUGCCUACUAAGGCAAUAAAGAAAAAUUUAAUAUAAUGUGCUACAGUUUGAAAUUGUUAGUGAAAUAAAGGUGCUUUUCUGUCAAUAUACUAAGUGCCAUCCUAUACUAAUGGUGUAUUUAUACAUGCUUUUACAUUGAAAUAACAAUGUUUAUAUGCUCAUACUAUGCCUUUUACAUGACUUUUCGAAAAUUAUAUACGAAAAAGAGACUUUUUGCCUGUCCCUCAAAGCGGAGUAAAUAUUGAUCAAUAAGAUUGCACAAUAUAUAUGUAAUUAUUUUGCGAAAA